AUGACAUUACAGCAGCAACUGUCUAAAUGCCUGGGUUCAGUGUUUGCGGAUGAAAAUCGUGGUGACCUCGACUCCGCUUGGUCCAUUCUUGAGGAACUUAAACUCGCUAUUGACGAGAAUAACCUGGAGGCAAAAGCGGAUCUUCUCGACGAUCACAUCGGGUUCUACUUGCUCACUGGCAAGCUUGAUGAAGCCUACCGAUGCUUGGAUGAGUUUCAUGCGUUGCUCGGCCAACUGGGUCCACGUUGGGAACUGUUAUACGCUGUUGUUAAAGGUCUGAUCGAUCAUCACAGAAGGCAUCCGCCGAUUCUGGGGUUCGCAGUGGAACUCGAUGGGAUAAAGUACGGUCCUCCGUCAGCCCGGGUACCUGAUACUUUUGAGAUUUUGUUGGAACUGGAUCGCUGCUUCAAAAAGUUCUCAAGUUCCGGGCUAUCGUUACUUUCAGAACGCCACGCCUGCUUAGUACUCCAUCGGGUUAUAACCUGCCAGACUGCUCGCAUAAGUGCUAGGAAACACCACCCACUCUACCCCGCCGAGCGUCCACAGGAGGAUGACUCGCUUCUGCAAUUGCUAAUGGGAGAGCAACAAGAUGCCGCCAACCGAGCGCCCGAGUCAAGGGACUUACAUUUUGGCCGACUACUUUUGACUAUUCAUUACGAUAAGGCAUCACCUGCCUGCGAGGACAUGUCGCGCGAGCAUUUUGCUCGAUACGAAGCUAAAGGGGAUAAAGUUGGCAUGGCGAAUUGCAAGCUCCUGCAAGCCGAUGCCAUGAUUUCUUCGCCUUUUACAUCGCCGGUCAUUCUCAAUUUGGUCCCCCCGGUACUACCGGGUGCAGCUGGGACAAGUCCGCUAUACUGGAACGCAUGCGAAGCGCAGUGCCCUUUGAAGAAUUGCCAAGGAGCUGCGCAGCUUUACGAAGAGGCCCUAGAACUCUACCAGCAGGCCUCCGCUCCUCGAGGCCAAGCUGCAAUUUUCCUACGUCAAGGCUGUGUUCUACAUGCACAAGCCUGUGAUGUGGGCCCUGAUCAUGAAGACUGGGAAGACUUGGUGGAAGCUGCCAGUCACAAGUUCAGUGCCUCGCUAGCCUUGUUUGGAGUGGAUGAGGCGAGCGCUCAAUUGGUAAAAUCCAAUCAAAUACUGCUGGCCUGUAGCCGGGGCUAUGGUCUCGCGGAAGCAAAGGCACAAUCCGCCGAAAUAGGGAAUUGGGGCACGAAGCACAAGAACGAGAUUCUUGGACGGACCCUCGGAAUUUUCAUCAUGCGAUUUGCCCGCCGCGAGUGGACAUCGUACGGCAGGUUCCGAUCCGCACUUUGGGCGUAUGAGUGCGCUGAAUACUGUUUGGCGGCCCUUGGAGAGGCUGUUCAUUCUUUGGCAUCCAUUCUCGACCGCGCCCUUAUGCACAAAGAUGUUCAUAAUGGCCCCAAUGCAUUGCUCCUCGCCCAACGUUGCGUCAACAUAAUUGAUACGGCUAUUCAGUGGUACGAUGAACAGCUAGCUUUGCCCAUUUCACAUCCCAUUGAUGCCGAGAAUCGCAAGUCAGUUGAAGUCGGUGUGCACAGCCUCAUCUCUGAUUUCAACCAUCAUCUUCGCAGUAUAUAUGGACGUUGUCUACAGCAAGAGCUAUUGGCAGUUUGGGAUCGAAAAUAUAAGACACUUGUCCAGCAUGCCGCAUACCAAAACGCCGACAUGGUUAUGAGUCGAAUGCAUGUACCUGAGGAGUCGAUGUACACGAGAGCAGACAUCAAGAGAAUGGAACAAGAGGAGUGGCGCAGAUUUAUCGAUGCCGACAUUGCAUCUCACAAGUCAUUGAUCAAUGGUGACGUGAGAGGGAGUGAACGCGCCUACGAAGAAUAUCUCGACUCAACAGAAGGUCGAGACAUCACAUACUGUCAGCCGGCCCAUCGCAUUAUCGCUUGCAGACGCUUGGCGGACGUGACUCGGGCCAGGGCAAUCUUGGAUUCUUGUACUGACCAAGAAAUCUUUUACCAAAUGCAGUCUCUGCUCCCGAUACCCAGAAGGCACCUGUCCAACACCUUUGCGCAUAACGCUUUGUACCAAUGCGUGGUUGCGCAAGACUGGGAAAGAGCCGACCGCUUCUUAGGGAACAUAGAAAAGGAUUGGCCAUCAUUUUGGACUGAUUUCGGCAGUCAAGAAUCUGUGGACAUUCCCCUGUACUCGUUGACAAUCGCCCUCAUCGACUUGCAUAACAACAGGGUCACCGUUGCAUUCCGUCGUCUUCUGGAUGCACGCCAUAAUAUUGAGCUUGAGCGAAGAUCAACAGACGACCCGGAUGUCAAGCCUGGUGUCAUGAAUACCGCGCACGUCAUCGACGUCUAUAUGACCUUGGCAGAGAUUUGCCUUCUGUGCUUGAGGCGGGAGCUACCAAGAGCCAUCUUGAACUGCUACGAUUUUGGGCAUCCCUCGGUCACCUGGGAAGAGCAUGCAUUACUGUUCGUGGAAGAGGCACGAGCGCGAUCUACACUCGAUGCACUGAGAAAAGUAGGCUCGGAGGAUAUGCCCGAUGAAAGUCUCGCUCAAAGGGAAAAGGCAUAUAAAAGAAGGGCUAUCCUCCAUCUACAGUCUCUCCGCAAGCGCAAGCCCGCACAGCAGAGGGAACUGGAGAGGUUGCAGCUCGAGAUCGGGCCUGAUGAGAGCAGCAAUGAGUCAAGGCUGAUGCGUGCUGCCGAGCAUCCCGUGCAUCCCAUUGAGCUCUCCUCCCUUCUACCUGACGAAGAUGUUGUCAUAGAGGCCUCUUUUUACGCAACCGGGUCGAUCUUGUUUGCUGUUACGAGCAAAGGAAUAGAAGCGAGUCGUCAAAGUACGGUCCGUGAUAUUGAUAUACGAAAGUGGGCGAUGGAAUCGUUGCGACUACUGCAAUUGAUUGCGGAAGGACCGACACCCAGAUCAGGUCUGAGCGAGUUCAAAAUGUAUAGCAGCGCAUUGAAUGACUAUUGCAGCAAACUCGCAGAGGCGAUCAUUGUUCCUUUUGCUGGUAUCUUACGGCAGAAACGCCAUAUCAUCUUCUCAGUCUCUCGGCCCUUGAACGCAUUUCCAUUCUCGAUGCUGCCCUUCAACAAUCAGCCUCUCAUCAAGCACGCAGCAGUGUCACAGACACCGAGCCUCACAGUGUUACAUCACCUUAUGCAACGAGCACCAACAACGAGAUCACCAAGCAUUUCAGUGUUUGCGAAAAGCCUAAGUGAGCGAGGGAGCGCUUCAGAUGAUCCAGACAUCGCAUUUGAAACGAAGCUUCCCUGGGCAGCCGUAGAGGCUCUUCAGCUGGCCAACUUAUUUUCUACAUGGCCAAUUGAAUGUUCAAAAUUAUCUCGCGACGAGUUCCGAGAUCACGUCCGAAGCUCAUCGUCAAUCUUGCACAUCAGCACACACGGAUACACAGAUCCAGAGUACCCGCUACUCUCAUGGAUUUCAUUCGCCGAAAAGUUCCGCGUCCUGGAUCUAUCCAUGGUUCACAGCACGGCCAACCUCAUCGUCUUCGCAGCUUGUCUCAGUGGACUAGGCCAAGCCACCUCCGGAAGCGACAUCAUGGGUUUCACGCACGUCAUUCUUGGUACAGGCUGUCAGGCGUAUCUGGGCGGAUUGAUUGAGAUUAACGACUUUGCAUCCAUGAUGCUCAUGAUUAUGUUCUAUCGAAAUCUAAAGAGGGAUGCUCAGCUCUCUCUUGCAGAGAGCCUGCGACAGGCCCAGCUUGAGUUCAUGCAGAUAAACGAGCGAAAGGCCACACGCUUCCUCGACGAGUUGUUAGAUCAAUGGGAUAAGAUGAGGCACCACGAGGAGAAUGCAGACUCUUUCUGUCCUCAUGGUAGGGAGAGGCUGGAGUUCCAUAAGUCGCUACCUCACAUGGUGGACUGGGCUAGUCCCCAUCUUUGGGCCCCUUUCACUCUGAUGGGAUAUGGUGGCCUUACUUUCGGGAUGCAACAGCGUACAUAG